AAGAGGUCGGGCCUCGGGCUGAGGCGGCGGAACCGGCGAGCCUGCGCACGUGCACAGCUGACGCGAGGGGCUCGCCAGCUGGGCAGGCGCACGUAGGGCACCUGCGAGCCGGGCGGCGGUGACGGACCAGACGGCGCUCAGGAGCUUGCGCUCCCUUCCUGGGCCUCCCCGGCUCCGAGCAGGCGUCUGGAGCAGCGGCGGGCACGGGUUCGGCCAAAGCCAGCUCCGCGGAGGGCCGGCCUGGAAGCUUCAGCCCCGUGGAGCCCGAGGCUGUAGGGUGCAGGCCUCUGCCGGUCCUCCGGGAGCCCGCAGGGAUGGGUAAAGCCGGCCAGGCUCGAGCUGCUUCCCCGGGGCCGUCGUCUCUCUAAGGCCCCAGGCGGCGCUAGGAUGCACCUGUCUGCCGUGCUCAACGCCCUGCUGGUGUCGGUGCUGGCGGCCGUGCUCUGGAAACACGUGCGGCUGCGUGAGCAUGCGGCCUCCCUGGAGGAGGAGCUGGCCGUCGGGCGCCGGGCCGCUGACCCUGCCCCCGCGCUGCGGAUCGACUACCCCAAGGCGCUGCAGAUCCUGACCGAGGGCGGCACGCACAUGGUGUGCACCGGCCGCACGCACACCGACCGCCUCUGCCGCUUCAAGUGGCUCUGCUACUCCAGCGAGGCGGAGGAGUUCAUCUUCUUCCACGGCAACGCCUCCGUGAUGCUGCCCAGCCUGGGCUCGCGGCGCUUCCAGCCGGCCCUGCUCGACCUGUCCACCGUGGAGGACCACAACACGCAGUACUUCAACUUCGUGGAGCUGCCGGCCGCCGCCCUGCGCUUCAUGCCCAAGCCCGUGUUUGUGCCCGACGUGGCCCUCAUCGCCAACCGCUUCAACCCCGACAACCUGAUGCACGUCUUCCACGACGACCUGCUGCCCCUCUUCUACACCCUUCGGCAGUUCCCCGGCCUGGCCCGCGAGGCCCGGCUCUUCUUCAUGGAGGGCUGGGGAGAGGGUGCCCACUUCGACCUCUACAAGCUGCUCAGCCCUAAGCAGCCCCUCCUGCGGGCGCAGCUGAAGGCCCUGGGCAGGCUGCUCUGCUUCUCCCAUGCCUUUGUGGGCCUCUCCAAGGUCACCACCUGGUACCAGUAUGGCUUCGUCCAGCCCCAGGGCCCGAAGGCCAACAUCCUGGUCUCCGGCAACGAGAUCCGACAGUUCGCGCGGUUCCUGAUGGAAAAGCUGAACGUGAGCCAGGCGGGGAGCCCCCUGGGCGAGGAGUACAUCCUGGUGUUCAGCCGCACCCAGAACAGACUCAUCCUGAAUGAGGCAGAGCUGCUGCUGGCCCUGGCCCAGGAGUUCCAGAUGAAGACAGUGACGGUGUCCCUGGAAGACCACGCCUUUGCAGACGUGGUGCGGCUGGUCAGCAACGCCUCCAUGCUGGUCAGCAUGCACGGGGCCCAGCUGGUCACGGCCCUGUUCCUGCCCCGCGGGGCAGCCGUCGUGGAGCUCUUCCCCUAUGCUGUCAACCCUGACCACUACACCCCUUAUAAGACACUGGCCACGCUGCCCGGCAUGGACCUCCAGUACAUAGCCUGGCAGAACACGAUGCCAGAGAACACGGUCACGCAUCCCGAGCGGCCCUGGGACCAGGGGGGCAUCGCCCACCUAGACAGGGCCGAGCAGGCCCGGAUCCUGCAAAGCCGGGAGGUCCCCCGGCACCUCUGUUGCCGGAACCCCGAGUGGCUCUUCCGAAUCUACCAGGACACCAAGGUGGACAUCCCAUCGCUCAUCCAAACCAUACGGCGCGUGGUGAAGGGCCAUCCGGGGCCAAGGAAGCAGAAGUGGACAGUCAGCCUAUACCCUGGCAAGGUGCGGGAGGCCCGGUGCCAGGCGUCUGUGCAGGGCGCCUCCGAGGCCCGCCUGUCCGUCUCCUGGCAGAUCCCGUGGAACCUCAAGUACCUGAAGGUGAGGGAGGUGAAGUACGAGGUGUGGCUUCAGGAGCAGGGGGAGAACACCUACGUGCCUUACAUGCUGGCCUUGCAGAACCACACCUUCACGGAGAACAUCAAGCCCUUCACUACCUACCUGGUGUGGAUCCGCUGCAUCUUCAACAAGACCCUGCUGGGACCCUUUGCAGAUGUGCUGGUAUGCAGCACGUAGUGAGCAGCCUGGUCAGGCCUCCUAGGGUGGGGGCUCCUCUGUCUUGGAGACCCUGGGCCUGCCAGCCCCCCCGGGUGGCUUUUGGGAAUUAUUUAUUUAUUGAGCAGACCUCUGUCUCUGGGUCAUCUCACUGCAUCUGAGGUGAUGGGGUUCUCAGAGCGCCUCUUUGCAUAAGUGCGAUGGGGCCUCCCCACCCUCUUCUCUCAUCCUGAUCAUCCGUAUCCUGGAGAAGGUCUGAGUGGGGAGGAGAAAGAGGAGAGUAAGGAUCCCAAAGAACCUCUUUGGCUGAGUGAUCAUCCUGUUCCCCAUGAGGUCUUUCUGGUUUGUGUCGGGUUUCUGGAAAUUGCUGCUAAGUCUGUGGCUGUUUGGGUGGGUGUGGAUGUACAUCAGCUUCCAUCGUCAUGAAACUCAUCUGUAGCCCCACCAAGGGUAUGUUUGGAACAUUCAUUAAAUGAUUAUAAAUAUC